UCCUCCCCUUUCUCAAAGACACGGCCGAACAUCAUUUCAGGACAAUGAUAUCCUGCUGGUGUGCAAACUUUAACCAAGUGCAUUCAUACUUACCGACGAUUCUGUUUGUUGUAAAUUCACAAACGCCGAGAUUUGGUUGAUGUGACAGUAUUUCAUCUGGAUUCAGAAGUCUGUUUCCCAUUUCCGAUAACCACAACUCGGCUUCCUGAUUUGAACUGCCAUUUCCUCAACGUUCACCUGCUGCAAGACAGAUGAUCGAGAGUGAUGUCACAGUGCCUGACACAGGAAUGCAAAUUAGGACAGGCUGCAAGGUGACUGGAACUUAUUUUCCUCUGACUGACAGUAUUAUCUGCUCUGCCUCUCCCAAUCCCUUCCUCGACUUACGUUGUCACAAAUAUGGACCAAGAAUAUGAGCGAAGGCUUCUUCGACAAACACAUUUCCAAAAUGUCUCCGAGAAUAUGCUUUCACCAUCUGCCCUGAGCACACGACCUGUAACUGCAAACUCUCCAGGAAUCCUUCCUCGUAAGACAGGAGACCGCUUCAUUCCAACCAGAGCAAGUUCAAACUGGAGCAUCAACUUUCAUGCUAUAAAUGAAAAUGGAAAGUCCCCCAACCAGAAUCGAAAAACAAAGGAAGCAAACUCUGAUAAUGGGAAAGAUGGUGUAGCAUAUGCUGCCUUACUGAAGAAUGAGCUACUGGGAGCAGGCAUUGAAAAAGUGAGUGAUCCUCAGACUGAAGAUCGGAGAUUCCAGAUGCCAAUGCAGGAGCGAAGGAAUCUAUUCAGAUAUGCCUUGAGCACAAAGAGGUCCACUACUGAAGGUGGGAAUGAGAUUUCUCCAUAUUCAUUGUCCCCCGUAAGCAAUAAAAGUCAAAAGCUGUUGCGGUCACCACGGAAACCAACAAGAAAAAUUUCAAAGAUUCCAUUUAAAGUUCUGGAUGCUCCAGAACUGCAGGACGACUUUUAUCUCAAUCUAGUGGAUUGGUCAGCAGCAAAUGUCCUAAGUGUUGGUCUUGGUGCGUGUGUUUACUUGUGGAGUGCAUGUACCAGUCAGGUCACUAGACUGUGUGAUCUCUCAAUUGAUGGUGACUCUGUUACAUCUGUUUGUUGGAAUGAGAGGGGGAAUUUUGUAGCUGUGGGUACCCAUAAGGGAUAUGUGCAGAUCUGGGAUGCGGCAGCUGGGAAAAAGCUGAGUUCUCUUGAUGGACAUUCAGCUAGAGUUGGGGCUUUGGCUUGGAAUGCUGAUCAACUCUCAUCAGGAAGUCGGGACCGUCUCAUUCUACAGAGAGAUGUGAGAACACCUCCACUUCAGAUGGAGCGGCGAUUACAGGGCCACAGGCAGGAAGUCUGUGGUUUAAAGUGGUCUCCUGAUCACCAGCACUUAGCUUCUGGGGGCAACGAUAACAAGCUCUUUGUAUGGAACAAUUCCAGUUUGAGCCCAGUCCAGCAAUACACAGAACAUUUAGCAGCAGUAAAGGCCAUUGCCUGGUCUCCUCAUCAGCAUGGCCUUCUGGCAUCAGGAGGGGGCACUGCUGAUCGCUGCAUUCGUUUCUGGAACACACUGACAUGCCAGCCCUUGCAGUGCGUCGACACAGGCUCUCAAGUCUGCAAUCUUGCCUGGUCUAAGCACGCAAAUGAAUUGGUUAGUACACACGGCUAUUCACAGAAUCAGAUUUUAGUGUGGAAAUACCCGUCCUUAACACAGGUUGCCAAACUGACCGGGCAUUCAUAUAGAGUGCUCUACCUGGCCAUAUCACCUGAUGGAGAGGCUAUAGUAACAGGAGCAGGUGAUGAAACUCUGCGGUUUUGGAAUGUUUUCAGUAAAACCCGUUCGACUAAGGAAUCCAAAUCUGUCCUUAAUCUUUUUACAAGGAUACGGUAAAACUGCCGUGAAGAACAGGCGCUCCUUCGAAAACGGAUUCCCUCAACACAAACACACACAGCAGUAAAGUUCAUCAGAACAAACAUAACCAACCUCCUCUUCACUGUUUUUGUUCAAGUGGUCAAUGCACUUUCAUUUACUAAGUUUUGAGGUUAUUUGAAAGACUAUUGUUGGUACAUUAUUAAUUCAUCUCAACACCAAGAUGGAUGAAAGAAAUGCAAAAGGAAUGUGAAGUAAAAGGAGAAAGUUCACUUUAUAUGUAUCUAUUGUACAAUGUGUACAGAAGCUAUUUAUUGGACUGAGGAUGACCUUUGAUGCUGUCUUAAUGUUUGCAUGGAAACAGGAGUGUGGGAAUGGAUCCAGAAGCACUCCUAAUCUUUUAUAGUAAAAAAGAUGAAAAGUAUUUACGUAGUGUGUCUUGGAUAUCUGAAAAAGGAGGCACAUUUUUAGACAUUAUCCACCCCCAUUCUACUGAAUCAUCUCAGUAUUUGCUUCUAGAACUAAGAAAUUUAACUUUGUAAUUUACAUUGCACUUAUGUUCACUGAAAAAAAUCAUUACAAAUAGGAGCCAUAAUUAAAAUUAAUAUUAAACAUGAAAGUUUAAUUUUG